AUUUCGCUAAGUUUUUUGCAGUGGUUUAGAGACAUAAUUCUACAAAACAGUAUAUUGUGUUACAAUUGUGGUGUGCAUUACUGUGUUAAAAACAAUGGGGCUUUCGCAAAAACCACUGAAGAGAAACGAAUAGUGAUUCUAGAAAACCAGGUGCGUGGACUUCGAACUUGUAACACGGGGGUCGAGACAUAAUGGACUAAACCACCAAUAACUUGGUACAAGAUGUACUAUUACUUUUGGUUUCCAAAAAUACUUUUAGUUACAUAUAUUAUAUAUAUGCUUUGGUUGGGAUAUUACUGUAAGCGACAGAUAUGAAAACCAACGAGAGUAUACUUUUGCUUAAUAUGUGUUAAGUGUAACAGUCCUGUUGUCAUGGCGACGUUUACACACUUAGACAGGAACUGAACCUUCACAAAAGACGCUGAGUGCAGGAUGUAGGUUUAUUUAUUUACCGUGUUGAUAAAUCGGUUUGGUUCAAAUUACGUUUUGGGGGGAUUUUUUAAUAUUAGUAAACUAGGGUCGCACGAUUUUAUAAGCAGAGCAGUAUAAUAUUUCGUGAAUACAUAAUUUUAAAAUGAAUGAAUGCAAAAAUUGAACGUGGAGGAUUAUUAAUUUUUAAUAACAAAAAAAUGUGCUUUGACUGGAUGAAAACAGUGUUAUUUUUUGUUUAAUAAAUUAUGUUAUAACGUGACAUUCAAGAGGCAAUGUUAAAAUCGAAUCUGUCACAGAUUGGAAAGAAUAUGAUAUAGGCAUACAUGAUAGAUGCAUGUUUUACAGAAUUAUUUUAAUUGCGUAUGUUUCUUUUUAUUUAUGUAAGUAUCUAUAGCUUUCUGCCUAAACUAGCGCUGGUCUAGGAGACACGUGGCGUGCCUGUAUUGUAAAUUAAUGUCGAAGCCAUAAACAACGUGAUUUAUUUUAAAUGUUGAAAGGAAAUUCAAAACAGAAUCCAUUUUGUAGCUGUGUACGUCAAUAGCGAGAUAAAUAAUACUACACGCAGCGGUACACUGUUGAAAAGGCACAUUCCACACAGUACUUUGAAACAAAUACGUUUUUUAUGUUAAAUGGUAUAAGAUGUUGUCCAGACAAAGUUGGAGGCUCGAUCGUCUAUUUAAAUGAAUGUGGGUAAUGUUUUUGUUUUGAUCAUAACAUUAAUAAUACAAUCCUGUAAGAAGUGUCAGAUACCUCCUGGACAGCUGCUUAACAUUCUUCAGGAAUUCUCCAAUUGAUUCUUAGACGCACAAGUUAAAUUUAUUUGAUUGCAAACAUUUUCUAAAUACAGCAGUUAAUCCCUAAUAUAAUAUAGAUAUGUCUAACAGUAGCCUGCCUCCCAUGGGCAAUCUUCCCCAGUGGUCCCGAGUUGUGUAUCUUGAUAAAGCCCGUUAUCCACGACCGUUUCCCCGGGAUACCUUGCAGCCACUGACUUGUCCCACCGCUUUUGGUCCUGGAAACUUGUCACACGCGCAAGACUGCAUGGAUUCUAAUCGGAAUCGGGCUCCCAAGCUUGAGCAGAGCCUACAGUUCUUGCAACAACAGCACAGUGAGACACUGGAAAAAUUGCAUGAAGAAAUUGAGCAGCUCAAGCGGCAAAAUAAAGAUCUGCAGUAUAAACUAAUUAUGGAACCAAAACCAUGCAGAAAAGAAAGCAGUGCAUCGUCCAGUGCCAGUCAAACUCUACCUUUAAUAAGCCAGUCCAGCAGCAGUCAACAAUCCUUAGGUUCUUCAAGGAGACUCCGAGCACCGCACCAGGAAGAGGAGACCCAGGGACUAAAAGGAGUUUUCUUGGAACACACAGUGCACAACAUGCAUCUUCAAAAUCUCUCUCCAGAGGCUGUGCAAAAGAGCAGUGGAGUGGUCUCCCCCCCAACCAAUGCAGACGCAAUUCCCCCCAUCCCUGAGCACAGUCAGGGGCUGAUCACCUCCCUACACCCCCUGAUGAUCCAGUACAGCCCCUUCCAAGUGCCACGACCCCCCACCCUGCAGGAAUGUGAGGUCAUUAUUCGCCAACUAUACAACGCCAACAGCAUCCAGAGUCAAGAGAUUUUGCGUUUGAAAUCUGUUCUGAAGGAUAUUAUCUACAAGAACAAACUGACACCCGAAACCUAUAUUCUAACAAAGGCUUGCCUAGCUCAUCACAGAAAUGAGGAUGUUACACAUUUUCCAAAACUACCUUUAAAGACACUGCCAAAGAAACUGGCUGAAGCACCACUAGCUUUCUCAGAAAGAGUGAUCCUGCCUGCUCUCAAACAGACCAUUGGAAACAGCUUUGCAGAGAGACAGAAACGAACACAAGCUUUGCAGAAAAGCAGGAUUCGAAGAGCAGUGCUUUAACAAAUGAAUACUGCGAUAAAUGUUUUUUUUUUAACACAAUCCAGAAUGUUAGUUCUUGCAUCUUGAACUUUAUACAUAGACUACACAUUAAAAUCUUGCCUGAUUGUAAUACAAUCUGUAUUUCAUUCUCACAUUAUGACUUAAGGAUCAGGUGUUUGCUGAAACAUUUUGAUCACUGAAUAAAUGGUGCUAACUAUUUUAUUUUACAGUCACUUUUAGAGGUGACUGCAUUACCUAUUGAGUGUGUAUCACAGUAUUUACUGGUAACAAAGGCUUAUUUUUGUUUUAAAUUGUUUGGGUGGAAUGACCUUUGAGAACAAUGUUUUGCGUCGUCACAUCAGAAGAGAAAAAUCCCGAGAUCUGAGUGUACUCUCACGAGAUCGCGAGUGAGGCUUAAUUUUACUUACAAAUCGUGUCUUUUUUGUGAUUUUAAACAACACUGAGUAACACUGGCUACAAUUGUUUUUUUGCUCAAUGACAGACUUUUCUCCAUACUAAUAAAACACUAAAAACAA